UUAAAACCUGGAAGGAGUCUUAUGGAUUGGAUUCGACUAACUAAGAGUGGGAAGGACUUGACUGGUUUAAAAGGGAGGCUAAUUGAAGUGACUGAAGAUGAGCUGGCUAAACACAACAAAAAGGAGGACUGCUGGAUAUGUAUACGAGGAUUUGUGUAUAAUGUCACACCAUACAUGGAAUAUCAUCCUGGUGGUGAGGAUGAACUGAUGAAAGCAGCAGGAACUGAUGGUACAGAUCUCUUUGAUCAGGUUCAUCGUUGGGUCAAUUAUGAAUCGAUGCUGAAGGAGUGUCUUGUUGGGAGAAUGGCUGUCAAGCCUAUUGCUGCUCCAAAAGAGAUUUCUUCUGCUCUGUCUGAAGAGAAGAAACAGCUUAAUGGCAUGCUUCCUGAGAAGAAAGUACUGCAUGCUUCUGCUGAAGAUUUAACUCCAAGUUAUGACUGGUUCCAAACAGAUAGUUUGAUCACAAUUGUCAUAUAUACUAAGCAGAAGGGUAUGAAUGCAGAGUUGGUGACAGUUGACUGUCAAGACAGACGAUUAAGGGGAGAGAUCAUCGUGGAUAACCACUCGUAUCUUGUAGAAGUUGACUUGGAUCAUGCAGUUCAAGAAGACUUGGCUGUGAAUAUUGCUGAAAAAGUUGGGAAAGUGGAGAUUAUCUUAAAGAAAAAGGACAACAAUCAUUGGAAAAUGCUGGGACAGCCCUUGGAGAAUCACAAUACUUUUAUCAAGCGCACGGACAGAGGACUCUUCUACAGAAAAUGCAAGUUGGUUUCUAAGACGGAAGUUACCCAUGACACCAAGCUCUUGUGCUUAAUGUUGCCUAAGACUACACAUCUCUGUGUUCCCACCGGACAACACAUUUACCUCAAACAAAUCAUUGAAGGGACAGAGGUAGUAAAACCGUACACACCUGUAUUGCCUUUUUUGCCACUGGAUUUCAAAGAACCAUCUCACCGUGGUGGUGCACAUAUAUAUUUAAUGAUUAAAAUUUAUUCCUGUGGACUGUUCACACAGGCACUUGACCACCUGCAAAUCGGCGACUAUAUUUCUGUCAGCAAUCCUGAAGGUAACUUCAAGAAGUCACAGGUUCAAACUUCAGAAGAUCUCUUUUUAUUGGCAGCAGGCACAGGGUUCACACCAAUGGUUAAACUGCUGAAUUUUGCUCUGACUGAAGUUAGCUGCCUCCGGACAGUGACGCUGAUCUUCUUCAACAAAACAGAAGAUGACAUACUUUGGAGAAACGAGCUAGAGCAAUUAGCUCUUAAAGAUGAAAGGUUUAAGGUUCGAUUCAUUCUUUCACAACCAACAAAGGACUGGGUGGGUAAACAGGGGAAGAUUUCUUCAGCUCUUCUCUCUGAGUUUGUGAAAAGAAGCAGAAAAGACUCCAAAGUGCUUAUCUGCAUCUGUGGUCCAACACCUUUUACAGAGCAAGGAGUACAAUAUCUGAAGGAUCUUGGAUACUCACAAGAAGAGAUACACGCUUUUACUGCAUAAACCCAUAUGAGGAUAUCAAUGUUUGUUUGUGUAAUUCAAUUUUAUUUAUUUACCUUUGUGAAUUUAAAUAAGUGAGAAGCAAUUUUGUAAGACUUGAAAUUUCACUCUUGGUACCAAACUGUUUCUCGGAAGAAAUAUGUCUUUGAAAAAAUUUUAUACUGUGUUUUAUCUUGUUUUUGUAAAUAUUUUUGCUAAUA